AUGGUCCAACUCACAGAAGUAGAGGACGAGCACUUCCAACACGCCCAGGUCGGGCCUGAUGAGGACGAGGAGGAUUUCACUGAUACUGACUCCGAAAUCUCAACCGACUCCCACUACGACCCCACAGCCGAGACCCUCGCCGAGCGUCUCGCCGCCCUGAAAGACAUCAUCCCCCCGACCACCCGCUCCUGGGUGCAUGCCAAAUACGAGGCCACCACCUCGACCAUCAAAUCUGUCGUGACCUUUGCGGGGAGGUCUGCCUGGGCGCUGAGCGUGAGCGCGAUACUGGUCGGUGUCCCCUGGGCUCUGGCGUACGGCGAGGACCAGCAGUUUGCGGCUAUGGAGGCGGAGCAGAGGAUGAGGGAGCUGGGCGGGGAGAUUAUGACUGCUCCUGGGCAGGAGGGCGGGAAUAAGGAUCCUAUGCUGGGGGAUGUUGCGGCUGCGGUUGGGGGUGGUGCUGGGGGGGUGCAGCAGGUUAAGGCUGCUCUUUGAGGGGUUGGGUGGGAGGGAGAUGGAUGAGAAAUGACGACGAUCGAAAAUUGGAGAGGGGGGACGGGGCAAGAGGGGAGGACGGGGGUGAGGGGGGAGGUAUAUGGGGUGGCUACAUUUGGCCAGGCUUCGCAAGAUGCCCGUCUGUGACUGUCAUCCGGCAGUACAGAAAGACAGGCUGUCGUGGUUUGAUGACAAUUUUCUCAACAACACACUCCCGCUGAGAUGACUCCCACCGCCCUGGCCAGCCCCCCUUAUGCUUCACCCGAUUACAUGUACAUUAUUCAAACUUCAAAAACCUCAACCCACACACACACACACACCUAUCUGUAUCUGUAAUUUACUGCCGCGUGUUUUGAUAGAGGCUUUUCUUGUUCCGAGCUUGAGAAUGAGACAGGUCGAGUGAUUAUGGCAGAGCGAUGUUUGAUGAUCAAAUUGGGCAUUUGGAAAUAGCAUGAAGGAUGAAGAAAGGGGGUGUUGCUGGCUGAGCUAAUACUAUAUGAUGCGGAUGAUGUGGCUUAUGUCUGGGUUUCUCAUUGUUCAGCUUAUACGAAAAAAUCAAGCUGUGACAUAGCAUUGGAUUAAAAGGUCUAAUACUAGUUUUGCAAGAACACCAUGAC